AUGCCAAGAGGACCCUUCCCCCUGUCAGAUGAGCCCCUGCUGUGCAGACACCCUUCGUUCUUGAAGGGUUCCGCCGACACUAGCACGGAAAGGCAGCCUGCUUCCAUUACCCCGGUGUACCGCGAGCCAUGUGGCAUGAUACAGCAGCUGGAUGGGAGAGAUAUCCGCGCUGAUUCACCGUAUUGCAAUCGCUUCCCUGCACUCCCCAUUGGUAUCGGUGGUUGCGACAAGUUGCCAGGACACAGCACGAGUCAGGGUAUGCCAAAAAUCACACCAAGCUUCCGUAGCACCAAUGAACUGGAAACAGGCUUGCCCCGCCUCAGUCGCCCCCAGAGCAACGAGACACAACAGCCUUCCCCACGCAUGGUAGCUUCGAUAUGCAGAAACAGCAUUCCAGUAGCUGUUCCGUGGACGCCAUCCAACAAUUUGACUUCCCCUGCGCAUUCACUGACAAUGCAGCCCCCUGAGAACAAGCUGCCCAAUUCACCCGUCUUUGUUCAUUCGGGUUGCAGUAAGCUGCUCCCUGCCGUGCUUACUGAAAAGGUGCAGACAGAGGUGGCGGAUGCGUCUCAUGGACCCCAAAAGAAAAAAAAAUUGGGGCUGGGCGAUAAGCCACCAGUUGGCCUGCAGACUUCUUGCGCUUUUACGUACGGCUCAAAGGAAAUGAACGCAGUGACGGCUACGCGUGCUGGGGAACUUGUACCAGACAAGGGGCUGAAGGCGAUCGGGGCUAUGUGCGCACGACCUGGCAUUGCCGUGCCACGAGGAACGCGGACUCGACCGAGCGCAUCACAUCAGGGAGAGCAUGUGGCAGCUAAAAUGUAUUUUCACCCCAGCAAAUUGGCAUGGCGAUCAGAACUGCUGCUCUACGGGUUUGAUCGCGCGAGGAUGAUGUGUGAGUGGUCACGGAACUUCGUGUUGCGCACAGCCCGACUGCCAACAGAAGAGGAAACACGGGAAGCCAUCGGGCUACUGAUGGGCUCCCAGCUCCAACCCAGCAACACUGACGAAGCCUUCCCUCAUUAUACAGGCUGGUUGUAUGCAUACCCCCCGUUUGAAACUGUACCACCAUGUAAUCUUGGGGUAGAAGGUGAGCCAGCUCCUGUUGAGACGCAGAGCUCGCCCCCAGACAACCACCCACCAAGAGAACAUCAAGACCAGUAUCUUCCACUAAAGUAUAUUGCUGGAGUGUGUAUCGAUCCACAGCAGCGGCCCCAGCCAGCAGCAGCGGCUUCACUUCAAGUUCAGUUCCAAACCAUAUCUGCAGCGCACGCAGGCACAGGCUCGGCAGACGCUGGAGCGCGAAGAACCGAUUGCACCGCUGCCCGCCGUAUAAUGGUGCGGCCAAUAUUGCUCUUGGACUCGUCGGAAGCUACGAAUUCCGCAAAGGGUGGAGCGAUAUCUCCCACCGCAGAACCAGCUGAAGGCCAAGUCUCUCCAAAACAGUUGCCGACGAACGAUGAAGAUGUAUUCGCGGAGCUCGGGCUCCUACCCAUGCUCAAGCCCAGGCUGAGAAAGCGGAAGCGCCGGAAAGUGGGGAAGAAACCCCACAGCGUGCAGAACAUCUCGGAAAUGAAAAACCAACACUUGUUGGCCCGCACCUUCUUGCGCCGCGUCAUAGAGAAAAAUAGGCAAAUUUACGACAGUGACGGCGAAGGGCUUUCCGAAGAUGAGCCAGGCAUGCUUCCCUUGUAG